AUGGAUGCGAACGGCGUCAAAGACGAGCAGCCGACGACGCAGCUCAGCGAAGAAGGCCACGGCGACAUGACGGACGCAGACGGUGUCGAGACAGGUGUCGUGACGCUGGAUAAGGUGUCGUUGCUGCAGGAGAGCGUGGACAAGAUGGCGCUCAGUAUGUUCAACGCGCUGCGACUGCUGCCCGCCACGACUGGGGACGAUACGAAGACUCAGAUCGUGACGCUGGCCAACGACGUGCUGAAGAUGGUGCAGGAGACGGACGCGCUCAUUGACGACCUCCCGGGACUUGACAAGACCGAAGUGGAGCAAAUGGAGACGAUGCGUCGACUGCAGAUCCAGAGCGAAGAAGAGGCCCAGACGCUUCGUCAAGUCGCCGAGGAAGCAGAGCGGUGGAUGGACCGGGCGCGGGAUUCGCUGCGUGUUAUUUCAGAGACGCGUCUGCGUCGCUGA